AUGAUGAAUAUUGCGGGCUUGGCACCGCAGCGGCGACAACCGGCCCUCUCUCUGAGGGAUGCAGUGGACGCGGACGCUAUCGAAGCCUCGGGUUUCCUCGAUGACCCGGAGGUGCAGGAGGCGCUCUUGCCGCUCUUGCCCGAAGGAAACCAGACGGCGGAGGAGCUGAGAGAAACCAUCCGAAGCCCCCAGCUUCAGCAAUCGCUUUCGUCGCUCUCCCGCGCCCUAAGGUCCGACAACUUCAACAACAUCAUGUCGAGCUUCGAGCUGGACCCUAGCAAUCCUCGCAGCGCAGAAGCGAUGGCGAGGGGCGAUGGCGUCGAAGCCUUCGUCCAGGCUCUGGCGCACUCCGCAACGCAAAGGCGGGAGAGGGAGACCGCCGAGGCGGCGGCGGCGGCUAAGCAGGAGGGGGAAGGGGAAGGGGAAGGCGAGGGAGGUGGUGCCGGAGCAGAGGGGGAGGAUGACCCAAGAAAGGAGGGAUAG